CAAACCUUUCCGCCGCAUACGAAACGCGCCUCAUCAAAAUACGUAAAACGUGCUGCACCAUGAAACUGCUUACGUACAAUUUUCUCACUUCUAAGUGCAUCCGUGGUGUAAAAGUGGGAUAUCCACUGAAAUUAAACAUCUUGGAGAAGAAAGAAGUGAAUGCUGAUUUCAACUCCGAAUUCAUCACCCGAAUGCUGCCAAGGUUGGAGUGGAGCGCAAUCUGUGCGGCAGCAGCCAAUGUUGGUUCCGAGAUUCCCAGCACCAUGCCCACAGAUAUUCAGAACGAUAUGGAAACGCUGCAGAAGCUUCAUCACAUUCUGCUCGAGGUGGACGUAGUUGAGGGUACGCUGGAGUGUCCAGAAACGGGACGCAUAUUCCCGAUCAACAAGGGUGUACCGAACAUGUUGCUGAACGAGGAUGAGGUUUAAGUAUGUUUGUUUGCAUUUGUGCAAGCAUUUCCAUCAGCUUUCCUAUUCCUGUAUGUGCUAUUCUGUAAGUUAAUGUAACAUAAACGUAACAUUUGGCCGGAUGCAUUGGUCAAACAGUAAUGUCGUAUUGUUUCGAUUAUGAUCGUAAUUAAUGUUAUAUGACAGGUACGGUAGUAGAGGUAUGAAAAGGAAAACAUUGUAACUAAGACAAUUAAACAAUCAACUCCACUAUUGCCGUAAACCGUUGUUGCUUUAUUGUUCUUUAGUAUGAAUAGUGAACCGUGUGAGCGCAUUUUCACGUCCCGGCACAUCAAACAUUUUGGAAGAAAGGUAUGUAUGUAUUGUAUGUAUUAUUAAGUAACACGCGCAUGCAGAUUGCGUGGAAAAAGGACGAAUGAUUUGCAGUUACUUCCUUUGCAGUAAGGUACAUUUUUGUCUCACCGUAUUAUGAUCCGAUCGUAUCGCAAAUGGGGAUAAAAAAUAAUGAAGGAUUUCGCUUUCGCAAUUAGGUUACCUUACUAACACUACAAACGUACGAAACAGACAAUCUUGCCAAACAAAUGAGAACCGUUCUAAAGUGUGUUGGUAAUAGAUAA